GUCCCUCAGACGGGCCCCUUGCUCAUCUUCUCCCAUCUCAGAAAGCAAACACGUACAAAUCACUGACAAUCUCUUCGGCAUUUUCCAUUUUACUCCUCCAGCCAUUGUCAGCUACUCGAUUUGGAACAAAUUCUCCGGAAUCAGCACUUUGGGAUCAGAAGGACUCGCUCUCUUUCACUCUCCGAAUCAUCUCUUUUGGUGCUUUCAGAUCAGGAUCUCACUUAUACCCGCACGGCGCAAAAAGGGUCUUCCUUCCUCUCUUGUCUGUGUGCACAAAGAGCAUUGGAAAUGCAGGCAAGCCAGUGAUUUUUCUGGGUUUUAAAGCCUAUCGGAAUGUCGCCAGAGAUUUGAUGGAAUCGGAGCUCUUGGUUGGUGCUUUCUCUGUUUUCAUUUCAUGGAGCUAAUGGUUCGUUGUAGUCCGUGUAAAGUACCCAGAUUUCUUUCUAAGCUUCGGUUCGCCGUCGUUAUUUUCGAGAUUAUAUUGAUAUUGGUACUGUUGGGAGCUACAAGUGGAAAAUCCCUAGGCCAUCAACUGCAAUGGCAAGGUCCAGGACGGGAAGGUGAUAGUAACAUUGUUGCACACUCUUGCAUCCAUGACCAGAUAAUUGAACAAAGAAGGCGAACUGGGCACAAGGUGUAUUCUGUUACCCCGCAACAUUAUAAAGAGUCUGAUAUCUCAAAACUGCUUUACCAUAAAGGUAGGGCAUUGCUUGGUGUCUCCAACUUCUUGGAGCAACUAAAGGAUGCUAAGCAACCCAUAAGAAUAUAUCUAAAUUAUGAUGCUGUUGGUCACUCGCCUGAAAGAGAUUGUCGACGGGUUGGAGACAUUGUAAAGGUUGGUGAGCCUCCUGUGACCUCUCUUCCUGACUCUCCUUCUUGCAAUCCUCAUGGUGAUCCUCCAAUUUUUGGUGACUGCUGGUAUAACUGCACGUUGGAUGAUAUCUCUGGGGAGGAAAAAAGGGCUCGCCUUCACAAGGCUUUGGGUCAAACAGCAGACUGGUUCAGGAGAGCCCUGUCUGUUGAGCCUGUGAAAGGAAACCUGAGGUUAAGUGGAUAUUCUGCAUGUGGACAAGAUGGAGGGGUACAGCUCCCACGUGAAUAUGUUGAAGAUGGUGUAGCUGAUGCUGACUUGGUUCUUUUGGUUACAACAAGACCUACCACUGGCAACACUCUUGCAUGGGCAGUGGCAUGUGAACGUGAUCAAUGGGGCCGUGCAAUUGCUGGGCAUGUGAAUGUUGCUCCACGCCAUUUGACAGCUGAAGCAGAGACCUUACUUUCAGCUACUCUCAUACAUGAGGUCAUGCAUGUUCUCGGUUUUGAUCCCCAUGCCUUUUCGCAUUUUCGAGAUGAGAGGAAAAGACGGCGUAGUCAGGUCACGAAGCAAGUUAUGGAUGAAAAGCUUGGUCGGAUAGUGACACGUGUGGUGCUUCCACAUGUUGUCAUGCACUCCCGAUAUCAUUAUGGGGCUUUCUCUGAUAACUUUACUGGGUUAGAGCUAGAAGAUGGAGGAGGACGUGGCACAUCAGGAUCUCAUUGGGAAAAAAGGCUUCUGAUGAAUGAAAUUAUGACGGGGUCAGUCGAUACAAGAUCAGUAGUUUCAAAAAUGACGCUUGCUUUACUAGAAGAUAGUGGGUGGUACCAGGCUAAUUACACUAUGGCAGACCAUCUGGACUGGGGUUAUAACCAAGGAACUGAAUUUGUUACCUUGUCUUGCAAUCUCUGGAAGGGGGCAUACCAUUGUAACACGACCCAGUCGUCUGGCUGUACAUAUAACAGGGAGGCUGAGGGUUACUGCCCAAUUGUAAGUUACAGUGGAGACCUCCCUCAGUGGGCACGUUAUUUUCAACUGGCUAACAAAGGAGGGCAGUCCUCAUUGGCUGAUUAUUGUACGUACUUUGUAGCUUAUUCUGAUGGAUCAUGUACAGACACGAACAGUGCUCGAGCACCAGACAGAAUGUUGGGUGAAGUGCGAGGCAGUAGCUCUAGGUGUAUGUCCUCAUCAUUAGUACGUACGGGCUUUGUACGCGGUUCUAUAACCCAAGGAAAUGGUUGUUAUCAACACAGGUGCAUUAAUAACUCUCUUGAGGUUGCUGUUGAUGGUAUGUGGAAAGUAUGUCCUGAAGGUGGUGGGCCAAUUCAGUACCCCGGCUUUAAUGGUGAAUUGAUAUGCCCUGAAUACCAUGAGCUCUGUAGCACAGGCCCGGUUCUUGGAUCAGGUCAUUGUCCUGAUUCUUGUCAUUUCAAUGGAGACUGUGUUGAUGGAAGGUGCCGUUGCUUUCUAGGAUUUCAUGGUCAUGACUGUAGUAAACGCUCCUGCCCCGGCAAUUGUAAUGGACAUGGCCAAUGCCUCUCUAAUGGGAUUUGUGAAUGUGAAAAUGACUACACUGGUGUUGACUGCUCCACAGCCAUUUGCAAUGAACAAUGUAGUCUUCAUGGAGGAGUCUGUGAUAAUGGAGUAUGUGAAUUCCGUUGUUCAGACUAUGCAGGCUACACAUGCCAGAACAGCUCCAUGCUCACCUCUAGUCUUCUAGUUUGCAAAAAUGUGCUGGAAAGUGAUCUAGCUGGGCAACAUUGUGCACCCAGUGAACCAAGCAUACUGCAGCAACUAGAAGAAGUAGUUGUCAUGCCCAACUACCAUCGUUUGUUCCCAGGUGGUGCCAGGAAGUUAUUUAAUUUCUUCAGCAGUAGCUACUGUGAUGCAGCAGCUAAGCGCCUUGCAUGUUGGAUCUCAAUCCAGAAGUGCGACAAGGAUGGAGACAACAGGCUUCGGGUCUGCCAUUCAGCAUGUCAGUCGUAUAAUUUAGCUUGUGGAGCUUCACUUGACUGCUCAGACCAGACCCUCUUCAGCAGUGAUGGGGAAACUGAGGGGCAGUGCACAGGGUCCAGUGAAAUGAAACUCUCAUUACUUGAUCGGAUGCUGAGUAUUUUCUAUCUCAGCAAUAGUUCCUGGAAAGGAAUGUCUGUAAAAAGUAGGUAGCUUUAGUAUUUUAUUUUUUGGGGGGGCUUAAUCUUUUUCGUUGUGUUUGUUGUUUUAUCCAGAUUGGCUUGUAAUUGUAUGGGGGGUUUAUUAUAGGGAAAAUGGCAUGUAAUGCACCAGCCUUAGAUGUAGGGUUUCCUUUCACAUAGCCCAAAAAUAUUAAGAAAGUUGGGUGGGUAGUUAAAGGUUACUGAGCCUAGGUUUUCAGAGCUUUGUAAUCUGAAAGCCGCUCGUAGAGAGUCCAGGAAAAAAAAAUGUUGAGUGAACAGAGCUUCGGCCGAAGGCCUUAGAAGAAGUAAAGAAAAGCUUCAUUUUUUUCA